UACUUAGUACAGCACUGCCGAAUAGAUAGUUGAUAAUCUCAUUAGUUCACUUCACGUGAUAACUUGAGUAGAUCGCUUCUAGUGGUUCUGUGACAGAGAGGACAGGAAGCAAGAGAUAAAUAAUGAAAAAUUGGAUGAAAUCCGAAGCAUGCAGAAUAUAGUUUCUGCACUCCUUAGAUGCGGUACCUUAACUUCUGAACCUCAAAGUAUUAUCGAAAUCACUGCAUUCCGACUACUGGCUACAGACCUUCUUAAGUUCUUUCGAAAUUUACAGACCGAUAUAAUUAUUCUACUUAAUAAUUUCUUUGGCUUAACUCGAUCACAAGCGAAAGAGAUCCUCCAGAUAUACAGGAUAUUUGAGGAGCAGAUGUGGAAAUUUACAGGUUAUAUGAUGGUGGCCCGAAACUAUCAGCCUGUUACUGGAUUUGAAGUUCCGACAUUCGACCACAUUCCUACAGGCCUUGCCUCACAGUUGGAACAUUAUCUAGAUGAAAAACAACUGGCAGAUUCACCGAAGCAAGAGGUUAGCUUCGAUCAACAUUGUGCUGAGGACUUGAUCGACUGUGCUUCAGAAACAGGAGAUACAUUAUUUGUUGAGCUUUAAUUCAUAUUUACCUUAUAGACUAGGGUUAUUUAAUUUGAUGUCGCAGUACUCUGCUUACUAGAUUUUUUUUUUAAAAAAAA